UGCCUCAUAACCCUGGAAUUCGGGACUCGCAGGGAAUUCUGUUUCCGUCCACAAGGUUUUUUUUUUCCCCUCCCUCAGCUAAAGGUGUAGUGUGUACACAUCGGUCCACAAACAAAAAAAUUCCCUGAUCCGGAGCAGCAUAAGGAUUCCGCGACUAACUGACAAUGGCCAGUUCACCCCAGAAAUCCCCAUCGACUCCCAAAUCCCCCAUCCCGAAAUCGCCGGGCUCCCGGAAAGAGGACUCCUUCCUGGGCAAACUCGGAGGAACUUUAGCCAGAAGGAAAAAGGCCAAAGAAGUAUCAGAACUGCAAGAAGAAGGGAAAAAUGCCAUCAACUUGCCACUUAGUCCCAUACCCAUCGAGUUGGAUCGUGAGGACACGAUGCUGGAGGAAAAUGAGGUUCGAACGAUGCUUGAUCCAAACUCGAGAAAUGACCCCAAACUACUAGAACUGAUCAGGGUUUUAAUUGACUGGAUCAAUGAUGAGCUGGUAGAAGAGAGGAUUAUCGUGAAGGAUCUGGCUGAAGACCUCUAUGAUGGGCAAGUGCUACAGAAGCUGUUUGAGAAACUUGAGGGUGAGAAGCUGAAUGUAGCUGAAGUGACGCAGUCGGAAAUUGCCCAGAAACAGAAACUGCAGACUGUUCUUGAAAAAGUCAACGAAACGCUUAAACUGCCACCCAGAAACAUCAAGUGGACGAUUGAUAGUGUUCAUAUGAAGAGUCUGGUGGCCAUUCUCCAUCUGUUGGUUGCAGUUUCCCAAUACUUCAGGGCACCGAUUCGACUCCCAGACCACGUCUCUGUUCAAGUGGUGGUUGUCCAGAAAAGAGAGGGAAUUCUGCAGUCUCGACAUAUCCAAGAAGAAAUCACUGGCAAUACUGAGGCUUUGUCAGGGAGACAUGAACGGGAUGCCUUUGACACUCUAUUUGAUCAUGCGCCAGACAAACUCAAUGUUGUCAAAAAGACCCUGAUCACAUUCGUAAAUAAACACCUGAACAAAUUAAACCUGGAAGUUACAGAACUAGAGACACAGUUUGCUGACGGUGUCUAUCUGGUGCUGCUUAUGGGGCUCGUCGGGAACUAUUUUAUACCUUUGCACAACUUCUUUCUCACCCCAGACAGCUUUGAACACAAGGUCCAUAAUGUGUCCUUUGCAUUUGAACUGAUGCAGGAUGGAGGUUUAGAAAAACCAAAGCCUCGAUCAGAAGAUAUCGUGAACUGUGACCUGAAGUCUACCCUACGCGUGCUCUACAAUCUGUUUACCAAAUACAGGAAUGUAGAGUAACCUGAAGGCAGAUGGCUCUCUCCAAGAACCUGACUAAAAUCCAGCCAGAGCAACACCAAUUACAUUUACAGGAGCCCUGGCCAGGCGAUGGUCUGAACUGCCAAUCACUGUCAUGUUGUAACAUUCAUGCAGCGAUAUUUCAAGAUUUUUGUUGGUUACAAGAUUAUUGUUAGCCUUUAUAUAUUAAAAAAAUAUAAAAAGCACUUGAAUUACAAAGACCAGAAUCAAAUUGGACUCGGUGAACGCCAGUACUUCGAAGGUUAAGCUGUUGCAUUCUGAUAAGUGGAAUUCGAUUAAUGUGGAAUCCAGCAUUGGAGAUUUCCAAAGAUGCCUGUGUCACAAAUACCAAAGAGCUGUUCCAGAAUUGAAGAGUUUCCCAGAUACAGUUUCAUAGCCAAGAUUCCAAAAUUGCAAUUAUUCAGUGAAAGUAAUGUUGUAUUUUAUGUUUAAAAUAAAUAUUGAGCCCUAAUGUAUAAAUAAGCUGGGGCAGAAUUCCGGGAUACAUGGGGAAAAAUGUACCCAGACCAGAAGAGCUUACUCUCUUAAUCUUCAUCAAGAACUAAUCAGAUUGUUGCCCUGUGUAAUGUUACUAAAGCUUUCAAUAUGUGAGAAUUUAUAAUGAACACAGGGAUAGUUUGAACAUUCAUUGAUAUUUAAGCUUUAUUUAAUCUGUAAUCAUGUUGCAUACAGGGUUUUGACAGUGUAGCCUUUAUGGAACUGGGUCUUGUCAUGAAUUCAAAUCCCACUAAUAUAAAUUGAAAAACUGAAUUUGAUAAACCUGGUGAUUUGGUGUCUGGUUACCUGAAAGAACAGUGACCAUAAAAUCUGUCAGAUUUAUACAAAAUAGAACUGGUUCAUGAAUGUCCCUCAGGAAAGGAAACCUGCCGUCCUCACCUAGUGUGGCUUACGCAUGACUCCCAAUUCCACAUUCCGGUUUACCCUCUUGAAGUGGCCUAGCAACCCAAUUCAUUUGAGAAACUAGAGAUGGAUAACAAAUGCCCAAGUCAUUAUCCCUUGGGGACUCCUGUCAAAAUAUUGACAUAUCACAGAAACUAUUUCAGAUAUUGACACACACUCUUGGGGACCCCUCCAAAUAUUGACAACACUCUCAGGGUGCCUUCAAAUAUUGAUGCACUCUGGGUGACCCUGUCAACUCUUGGCACAGUCCUAGAAAUCUUGGGGAUAUGAGCUACGUUUAAGAUACUGUAGAAAUAAACAUUGUUUUCAUUCACGUAAAACUGCAAGCAAGCACCAAAUACCAAAAUAUGACCAGACAAAUAAAGAUAUGAUGACUGCAACAACCUCCUCCCAAGUCCUGCCUGGUGAGACCACACCUGGGGUACUGAGUACAAUUUUGGUUUCCUUACCUAAGGAAGCAUGUAUUUGCUCUAUAGGGAGUGCAACAAAAAUUCACAAGACUGAUUCCUGGGAUGACGGGUUUUUCCAAUGAAGAGAGAUUGAUUUGAGUAGUCUUCCCUAGAAUUUAGAAGAAUGCGAGGCAAUCUCAUUGGAGCAUUAAAAAUUCUCAGGGACUUGAUUGGGGUAGAUGUUGUGAGGCUGUAUUCCGUGGCUGCGGAAUCCAGAACGUGGGGGUCACAAGCUCAGAAUAAGGAGUUGCCCACUUAGGACUGAGAAAAUAAAACUCUUCAGUCAAAGGAUUUGAAUCUUUGUAAUUUCUACCCCAGAGAACUGUGGAUGCUCAAUUGAGUAUAUUCAAAAUAGAGAUUUUUGGAUACAAAGGGAGUUAAGGGUCUGGGGCUAGUAUUGAGGUAUAAGAACAGCCCUGAUCUUAAUGAUGGUGGAGCAGCUUUGAAGAGCCCAAAUGACCUAAGCUUGCUCCUAUUUCCUAUCUUCUAAAAUACUGAUGAGGUAAAACAUCUGCUUUGAUUAAAAUUUAGGAACUUUGAAUUAUUUUUGUAAUUAGCAGGCGUGGAAUAAUCUGAAAGUCAUGUGGUUCGCAACAUUUGUCCAACUCCAUAUAGUAUAUAGAUUUAAUGUAAUUUACAAAGGAACCAGAGGGGGAAUGAGGCAAAAAAAUUUUACAAAGAGAGUUGUUGUGAUCUGAAAUGUACCGUUUGAAUGGCGGUGGAAACAGAUUCAGUAGCAACUUUACAAAGGGAAUUGCAUUUAUACUUGGGUAGAAUUACAUAGCAUAUACAACAAAGAAAUGGACCAUUCAGUCCAGCUGGUCUACACUGGUGCUAAUGUUCCAUACAAGCCUCCUCCCUACUUCAUCUAACCCUAUCAGCAUAUCCUUCUGUUCCUCUUGCGUUUACCUUGUUUAUCCCUUAAUGCAUCUAUGCUAUUCGCCUCAGUCUUGUAGUAUGGUAUUGAGUUUCACAUUACUUGCAAAGUAAAAACUUGCAGGGCCACGGGAAAAGAGCAGGUGGUGUGGGAUUAAUUGGACAGCUCUUUCAAAGAGCUGGCACAGGCAUGAUAGGCCAAAUGGACUCUUUCUGUGAUUUAAAAGUCAAUCACUCUAGAUGAGAAUAGUUUCUAUUUAGAUUUUUCCAAGAUUGUCUCUUCCUUUUCCCAAAAGAAAACCAAGCACAGCCCAACUAAAAUUGUAGAAGUCUGAACCUAGCAAGUUGCUUAAUACUUGCACCUUUCCUUCACUGAUUUUUCUGAUGGUCCCAAGGCAGUCGGGCCCCACCACCAUCAUCAAGCCAGGUUACAAGCUCUCCAAGUAUCCCAAUGUUUGACAUUUAGUAGAAAACCUGGGCUUUACAAUGAUGUGAAAUUGAAAUUGCCAUGUAAUUGCCCAUAAAAGUUAGAGAAAAUGCAAUCUGUAAAGUAAUGUGUGUGGGCCAGCUGGGCAAUCGCCCAGCUUGGUGCCAUGGUCAGACAGGACAGGGUUAAUGGGGUUAGAAGGUGGGGGGAGUGGUGGUGAAAUGGGACUGAAGGCCAUUACUUCUGUUGAAAAAUGAUGGGUAUUUUAAGAGGGCUCAAUCUGUUUUUUAUUUGCAGGACAACUUGCUGCUCCUUUUUGUUUUUAGAUUUAUGAGGAAGAGAGAUCCAGGGCGCAAGUGGCUGAUUUUAAUCCUGCCCCAGAUAUUACAACCACACAAUAUAAUAAAUGACAGCUGCUCCAUGCUGUACAGGAAACCCAAUUAAGACAUCACUUUAACAUUUCCAGCAAGUCAAUUGUACAUGUCCGGAAAGAGAAGAUAGACUUGGGAAUCUUCCGAGGCUCCUCCGUCCCAUACUAUUCCUUCUCAUUGAAGCUUGAGAUGCACACCAUACUUCUGUUAGAUUCAGCUACGUAUAUUUCAAAGACAUUUUUCAAACCCAUUUUAAUAACAUGCACAGCCUUAUAUGAUAAUUAUGGUGUAUCAGGGCUUAAUACAAGACAUUAUUCAGCACUUAUGAGAAAACAGGGCCAUUGACAAUAAUGUAGAAUAAUGAAUGGCUUGGAGGGAGUUAUAACAUAAUUGAGAGUUUGAGAUGACAUUGUAAAGCAUGAGAGUGAAACAUGGGAACUUUAUAUGAGGAAUCUGAUCUGGAGAUUAUGUUAGUGCUGUGGGCACCUGCAUUAAAAAGGAAAGGGAAGGGGAGGUGGAAUGGAAGUAGAGGAGAUGUAAGAUUGUCGCUCUUUGUCUCUGUCUGUCUUUACCUCCCUGUCUCUUUCUCUGACUCUGUCAAUUUCUUUGGCUUUCUUUCUGUUUCACUCAUUCUCUCUAUCUGUGUGUGUCUCUCUCUCUCACUCUCAGUACUGAGAUCUACAUUACCCUUGAUUUGAUGCCAACCUCCUGUAUGUUUUUUAAUGUAAAUAUUGCACAUUGGCUAUGUUAAGCCAGUGUUCUGUUCUGUAUUGUAUUAGAACAAAAUAACUGAGAUGGGACAGAAGGGAAAAUGUGAUCCUCUGAAGCUGUCCCCACUCGUUGCCACUCCAAUCUGUAUCUGCUCUUGCGAGGACAGGGGAUUAAAGUUGUUGCCUUCAAAUAUGAGCUCAGGAUUACAGCCUCAAAUCCCUCUUCGGUCAAUGUUCAAUAAUAUUGUAAAAUUUAUACCUCUGCAAAUAGCCAGACGGUAUUUAGUUUCCUGCACAGUGCAAAAACUCCCCACAGUACAUCAGUGAGCCCAUGUUAAAAGCUGCGAUAUGUAAGCAGGUGCAUUAUAAUACAUCACCUGAGCAGCAGUAUGCCUGGUUGCUAGGCUAUUUCUUGCAGUUAGAUAUCAACCUCGGAUUUUUAAUAUAUUAUUCUAAUAAUCUUGUUUUAACGUAACUUCUUUUUACAAUGGACACAAACUGAAUUAAAUUAAAUUUAGAUCAAAGGAGUUUUUAUGCAUUAAAUCAAUCUUAUUCCAAA